AAUCGUCUUUGAGUCUUUGACUUUGGAGUUGGUGAUUCACCGCUAUUUCUUACCUUUUGCGAUUUCGUAAAUAUUCCAUCAUUCUGUGUUUUGUAUCCGUAGUCGGACAGCUAAAAUCCAGUGCUAAAUAAAUACAUAUUCACCAUGAGUCUUCAGUGGACAAUCAUCGCGACGUUUUUGUACACCGAAAUAGCCGUCGUCUGCUUGCUCGCAUUGCCGAUCGCUAGUCCUUCAAAAUGGCAAAAGUUGUUCAGGUCAAAAUUCUUGGCUUAUAUAAGCGGACAAGCGUCGGUCUACUUCUUGAUCCUUAUCGGAGUGCUGGUGCUAUGCCUGCUCGACGCCAUUCGGGAGAUGCAGAAGUAUUCGAGCAUCGGCGAGAGCUCGGAGCACCAGCACCUGGACGCCGAGAUGCAGGGUAACAUGCGUCUGUUCCGCGCUCAGAGAAACUUCUACAUCUCCGGCUUCGCUCUGUUCCUGCUAGUAGUGAUUCGCCGGCUGGUGCAGUUGAUUUCAGAAUUGGCUACUCUUUUGGCUCAGUCUGAGGCUAAUUUCCGUCAGGCGCAGAGCGCGUCGGUGGCUGCGAGGUCGCUGCUGGCCCAGGCGGGAGCCGGCGACGAGGCCACCAAGAAGCAGCUCGAAGACUACAAGGAUCAGAUCACAACUCUAGAGAAAGAACUUUCCAAAGAAAGAAAAGAUAAGGAGGCUGUGAAGUCGCAGGCUGAAAGUCUGUCAAAGGAGUAUGACAGGCUCACGGAGGAACACAGCAAGCUGCAGAAGAAGCUCACAAUCAGCGGCGACAAAAAAGAUGAGUAGUUCUAAGAUUGUUGACUGUUCAAAGUCCAUUCUCAUUUGCUAAUCUACGUAGUGCUAAAGAUAAUUGAUUGCAAACACUUUGACUUGCUUCAACUUUCCAGUGAGAUAGGAAAUAACAAAUUACACUUAACUGAAUGAUUUGUAGACCUUAUGUCCAUGUAAGAAGGUUUGCCAGUUAAGUAGGUUUUUAUUUGAAGACUUGAGGGUUAUGUAUGUUUAUUGAAAGUUGGCAAGCAGUUAAAGUUGGUAAACAACAUUCUUCUAGCUUUGUAACAUCUUAACUCAAGGCAAUUUAUUGGUCAUUCUAAUAUUACAUUUUCUGUGAUGUGCUAGUAGAUCCUAUUUGAACAAAAUGUUCACUAAAGUUAAUCCAAAUGCAUAAUUUUAUAUUUACAAAAAUGUUAAGAUUGCACAGUUAUUUAACUUCAAAAUUUUCCACUGUCAUUUUAGUUUUGAACAAGUAAGGUAUUCUUGUAUUUAUAACAGAUGUGGAUUCCAAGGUACAGUCAGCAUCAUAAGUUGCUAAGCAGGCAAGGUGUUCAAAAUGAACAUGACGCGACUUUAUUGUUAAGAGAAUAAGAGUGUGUCAAGGUAAUUUUGAACACCUCGCCAGCUUAGCAACUUCUGCUGCUGACUGUACUACUAUGAUGUAUAUGUUGCUUUAUUGUAAGAACAAACAUUUAAAAAGCAUUACUGACUAUUAAUAAAAAUAAUGCACAUGCCAGUACUACUGAAUAAUCUUUUAAUUUUCAAUCCAAAACGCCAGAUGUGGGGGAGGCCUUAGAUUCUUCUAUCCUAGGUCGAAGGUUUCUGAACAUGUUUAGGUAUGCUUAUUUUAAUAUGAUUAAUGUUUUUUAGUUGGCAUUUAAUUUUAGUUAAGUAUGUUUGCAGUUUAUACUUCUACUGUUUCUAUUGUUUUUGUUAUGUAUAACUUGUAUAAGACAGCAUUGAAAGUAUAAUGAAAAGUUUGUUAUGUAUAAGACUAUUUUUUUAUAAUAACACCUGUGUCAUGUAUCAAUUUGGAGUAAAAUGAUGGCACUUUGACGUUUACAGUACAUAUGGGUUACUUUAUUGCCCUAGUGCGGUAAUUAGCACUAUACGUGUCUAUGUCGAAAAUUAAAAGGGCCAUUCACGCGAAAUAGGCACCAGUUAAGGGCCAUAUUUAUUGUAAAACAUUGUAUGAUACUCCCUUCAGUCGUUUAAUUUUAUCACCACUCUGCCAAUUUCCUACUUUUCGUACUUGUAUCAUAAUCUAAUUUUUAUAACUAACCCUUAGACUCAGUAUCUCAUAUGAGAAUUGUGGUAAGGAAUAUAAAAAAAAUCAUUGAUCUUGAAUUAGGCAUAGAGCUAACAUUGCUACCAAAUUAGGUGUCAAUACAAAACUAUAUUAUUAUAAACUAUAGUUACUUAUCUAUCACAUGUGCCAGAUUGUUCCAUUAUUUUUGGGAUUUUAUCAAAUCCCUGAGUCAGUAGUCUGUCUAAGAUAACUCUGCACACAAUAAUUUCAUUUAUAUGGUGACAUUUCCACUAUUGGCUUAUACAGCCAUGAAACACGUCGCCCUGCCUGACACUUUGUAUAGUCUGCAAUAGACUGAAAGGCCUAUGAUGUUUCCACUCACUAUCAUUGGAAAGUCUGUGCAGAGUUAUUUGUCUGACUAUACUUAGUUUAAAAAAAUAUAUUUAUUAAAAGCUUAUUUUGUAUAUGCAUUGAGAAGUAGCCAUUAAAUACACUUGAGUGCAUUGAAAAUGGGUCACUUUAAAUGGAAAUCUCAUAAUAAAGUGAGCCAUUUUCUUUGCUUUUGUGUUGUAAAAGGCAAGGCUGCUCAAAAUAAUCUGAUCAUGGUCUGAUCACUGAUGCGGCUUAUCUAUGUAGAUGAGGUCCAAGGGAUAGGAAUAGCAUUUUGUAAGGGAUUGUUUUUUUACUAAGUUUCUCUACAGCUAUUCAUUGGUGUGUUGUUUUUGGUUAUUAUAAUAAAAAUAAUUUUUGCUAUAAA